AUGAGUAGUUUGUGCUUGCAACGUUUACAAGAGGAGAGAAAGAAAUGGAGAAAGGACCAUCCAUUUGGAUUCUUUGCUAAACCCACAAGGAAUGCCGAUGGUACAAUGAAUUUGCAAAAAUGGGAAGCUGGAAUACCAGGUAGAGAAGGAACCCUAUGGGAUCACGGUGUAUACCCAAUUAGCAUAGAGUAUCCAGACGAGUAUCCGUCGAAACCUCCAAAGGUGAGGUUCCCGGCUGGGUUUUAUCAUCCCAAUAUUUACCCCAGUGGGACAGUGUGUUUGAGUAUUUUGAAUGAGGAUCAAGAUUGGAGGCCCGCUAUCACUUUGAAGCAAAUUGUUAUUGGCGUUCAGGACUUGUUAGAUACACCUAAUCCAAAUUCCCCCGCUCAGGAACCGGCAUGGAAGGCAUUCCAAAGAAACAGAGUUGAAUACGAGAAGAAAGUAGCAGCACAGGCGAAGCAAUAUACGAAAUAA